AAAUGAUAUCUUCAUAUGGCUGUCGGGGACGUUUGUUAUAUGUGGUUUGUUUUGGCUCUUUACUUCGACAAUAUUAUUCCGAACCCCUAUGGAGUAAGGAAAUCAGUGUUCUAUUUCUUGUAUCCUGGAUAUUGGACAGGCAAAGGUGGAAGCAAGGCACAAGAGGGUGGCAUCUGUACCUGCUUUAGUUCUUCCUCACAGCUUGAGCAUGUAACUCCUUAUGAUGAGGAUGUUCUUCAAGAGGAGAACAAUGUUAAACAGCAAGCAAACGAAGGUGUUGUUGAUCAAAUGUUGCAGUCCAAAUACGUGCGGCCUUGCAAAGGUUUAUCCCGGAUCAACAAGUCUUGGAUGCUGUAAAUGCAAAAGAACU